UUGUCCCAACUUUUCUCCUCUUCUCUCCCACGUUUAAUUAUACAAUUAUCUUUGUUUUGAGAGAGCAGCAGGUGCGAUCUAACGCAACGACGAGAACAGAACCUAGAAUCUCGCAUGACAGUGAGCGUCGCUUGUUGCCUUGCCGAUCGGCGUAUAUCAGCGUUGAGAAGUGCUCGAUGGAAACCUGGACCGGUUUCUGCGCUGGGUCUAUUAUUGACAACAUCGUCUUCCAUUUCACAGGCGUUGCGCACGAAGGCUCCUCGGUGGUCAAGGUGAAUCGCAGGAAUCUGCUGGCAAAUGGAGAGCUGUAUUUCCUGUGCAACUUUAAAGCAUGGAGAGAUCUCCUGGCUUGCUCCAACGGUUGCACGAGUGUCCUGCAACAUCUCGCACGUGCAUGCGGUGGUGCGAGAGGCAGCACGGACGGGGACGUGGCUGAAGAGCAGAUCCUCGAACAGCUGAUAUCGAAGAGCAGCAGCUGGCCGGUAAGGAUACAGAAAUGCGCGUUGCGGCGGGAAAGAGUCUGCUUGUUCUUAAAUCGAGGAGAUAUCGUUGCAAACAGUAUAAAGCUGGCCGUCGAGUGCGGGGUGACGUUUGGGAAGAACGAACCGACCGGUAAAGCGUUCACGUUGGAGUAUCAGCCCGACGAACAAUCGGAUCUCACUACUCAAAGGUUGCGUCUGACAAGAGACGUCGCCGCGAAGGCGUUGGGUCUGCAUGGACACGCGGUGUCAGCCGGGGAAAAUUGCGCCGGCAGAUACGUGUUCACUAGCAAAUCGGAGGGACCGGUCGAUGAAGGAUACGAGAAGUGUGUCUGUGGCGUCGUGAAGAUCCCCCAAUCGAUUCUAUCCCAAUCCCAAUCCGAAUUCCCAAUCCCAAAAAAGGAGACGCGUCUUACGUGGGAGCAAUAUAUAAAAUGCAAGAUGAGUCAAUUAGCCGAAUUGAACGAGCAUAAAUUUAUCGAGGGCGAGAAGACCGGCGGGAGGGAUUUCUUCCUGCGCGACUUGGCCAAUGCCGUUGUCAUUUUUGAACUGAUGGCGGUAAACCCAAGUCGAUCGGUUGUUAUCGAGAACAUUAAUUUGCGAAACGACAGAAGUGUCACGAAUACCAGAGGUGCAUCGUUUGCAUUGUACAACACUGCCAGAAUAGCGACAAUUAUAGCAAAACACAAUGAGAGGGUGUUACGCGGAGAUUACCCUAGUUUGCCAGAUAUAAAAGAUGUUGAUUUCUCGCAGCUGCAAGAAGAAGAAGAAUGGGAGCUCAUAUACAAUUUUAUCUGCGAGUAUCCACAGAUGAUAAAUAAUUGUCUAAAAUGCGAGCCAAGUUUUUAUGUCUAUCCACACGUCGUAUGCUUGUUCUUGUCACGGUUAUGUCAAACGUUCAGCGUCUACUACCGAAAGACCAGAAUUUUAACGGAAGGAGGUGAUCAUUUGAUCCCCAGGAUGGUUGCAAGAUUGUACAUGUUGCGUGCGUUGCAAGUUGUCUUUGAGAACGCACUGGAUAUUUUGGGCAUCAAACCAGUAUCGCGAAUGUGAAAUGAUCUCGCGAAGAGAAAGAAUCGGCUUUAUAUUUGAUCUGAUAAAUAAAAUUGUUGCAUUUCUACAUUUAAAACCGGACAAUCUUUCCGUCUUCUGAAAAUAUUUUCUCGAAUCAUGACGCAGAAGACAAAGAAGCGCAGCCGAAAUGAAGAAACUUCUGAAGAAACUCUUGAAGAAAUCGUUUAAGAAAUCCUACGAGUAUAUUUUCAAUCUUCUACACCAUAAAAGCACUUGGCAAAAGAUCCGACUCGGGAUACAUUAAUUUACGCGUUUCGCAGUCGGCGGAAUCAGAAAUCUUUUUUCGCAACGAUUACGCGAUCAAUGAAUUUUCCACAGAACAGAUUUCGCUCCAAGGGC